UGGCUUUACAAUGGACAUGAAACUGAAAAAGUCUGAAACUGAAGUGAACUUUAACCACAAGUUAAAGCAGGAUGAACUCACCGUGUGCUACAGUCAUGGAUUUUACGCCUCGUGCUAAAAACGAUCUCUUUUAGUUUUAUAGAAACAAUCAGAGGAAUGUUCAAGGACACUUUUAAGACACACGAUGCUAAAAAAUCUUCUCAGUGGAUGUUUCUUUGGAAUCCUGACCUUUUUGUCACAUUUCCAAGUGUGUGUGAGCGAGUGUUUACCCGCAGUGGUAGCCUCCCGAAGAACUCUGUACAAACCUGAAGGUGGUAGCGUGUCUGUGUAUUGUGAUGUCCAGCACUGUGCACAGAACUGGACAGGAGGAUGGGGGAUUAGCCAAGGACAUUUUGCUUUGCUCGACCCAUCUCCACGUGUCCAACUUUCCAACAUCAGCGUCUCACACACCACCACACGCCUCGUCCUCGAAAUCCACAACCUCAACCAAUCGGAUUCUGGGCCGUACCAUUGCAACAUCAAAUGGAAAGAGAGCAACAGUCAGGGUCAUGUCACGCUGAUCAAUGUGACUGCAAGUAGCUCCAAUCAAUUCACAGUAGAUCCUGCGUCCACAGGGAGGACCCUCUCUCACAGGCUGAUGGUUUGUGCUGCAGCUAGUCUGUGUUUUCUUCUGGCUCUCGCUCUGGCCUUGUGUUUCUCCUAUCAGUGCCGGCCUGCGCCUCCCGUCCCUCCACCACGCUCCCGAAACAACUCCACAGCUCGAGUUAAACCAAAUGUGGAUGUGGUGUAUGCAGUGUUGGAUCGUCCAAGACAGCAGAGAACAGCUCAACAAAACACGCCAACCACGGGCGUCAUUUACUCCACACUGAGCUUCUCCCAAGCUUAAUCCUCUCAGGAAGACAACUGGUGGUCUAAAUGCUUUUGAAAUAAUUUCAUGCUCAGGUUAACACAGCUAUUCGUAUAUACAAUUGACCAGA